CGCCCAAAUCACAGCCACCGCCGCCAUGGCCGCCUCCAGCCGCCCUCUCGUCUCCGUGAAAGCCCUGGAGGGCGACAUGGUCACGGACGCCCCCGGCAUCGCCUUACCGCCCGUCUUCGGGGCACCGAUCCGCCCGGACGUGGUCCGCUUCACCCACAAGCUGCUGUCCUGCAACAAGCGCCAGCCUUACGCAGUCUCCCGCCGCGCUGGCCACCAGACGUCGGCCGAGUCCUGGGGUACGGGCCGCGCUGUGUCCCGUAUCCCCCGUGUCCCCGGCGGCGGCACCCACCGCGCCGGCCAGGGAGCAUUCGGCAACAUGUGCCGCGGCGGACGCAUGUUCGCGCCCACCAAGAUCUGGCGCAAGUGGCACCGCCGCGUCAACGUCAACCUCCGCCGCGUCGCCGUCGCCUCGGCGCUCGCCGCCACCGCCGUCCCGGCCCUCGUCCAGGCGCGCGGCCACCGCAUCGAGACCGUUCCCGAGAUGCCCCUGGUUAUCUCCGACUCGGCAGAGUCCAUCGAGAAGACCUCCCAGGCGCUCAAGAUCCUGAAGCAGGUCGGCGCCUACGCCGACGCCGAGAAGGCCAAGGACUCCGUCGGCAUCCGCCCCGGCAAGGGUAAGAUGCGCAACCGCCGCUACAUUAACCGCAAGGGCCCGCUCGUCGUCUACGGCACAGAAGGCUCCAAGGUCGUCAAGGCCUUCCGCAACCUCCCCGGCGUGGACGUCGCCAACGUCGAGCGCCUCAACCUGCUCGACCUCGCCCCCGGUGGCCACCUCGGGCGCUUUGUGAUCUGGACCGAGAGCGCGUUCAAGAAGCUCGAGGAGGUGUAUGGGAGCUUCGACGCGCCGUCGCAGAAGAAGAAGGGCUUUGUUCUGCCGAGGCCCAAGAUGGCCAACGCUGACCUGGGCAGGAUUAUCAACUCUGACGAGGUGCAGUCUGUGGUUAAGCCACUCAACAAGGAGGUGAAGCGCAGGGAGAAGAGGAAGAACCCGCUCAAGAACAUGGCUGCUGUGCUCAAGCUGAACCCCUACCUCGGCACUGCCCGGAAGAUGGCCACCCUUGCUGAGGCUGCCCGAGUCAAGGCCCGGAAGGAGAAGCUUGAUUCCAAGAGGACCAAGCUUACCUCGGAGGAGACUGCCAAGGUCAAGGCUGCCGGCAAGGCGUGGUACAAGACCAUGAUCUCGGACAGUGACUACACCGAGUUUGAGAACUUCACCAAGUGGCUCGGAGUGACGCAGUGAAGCGGCCUUUGAGACCUAGUUAAGUUUUGAUUAGUUGUGUCGCUGAACUUUGUAUUGAGACGAAAUAGUAUUUUAUCAAUCUGUCUUAUCCUGCAUCUUCACAACAAGUUACCUAUCUGUGGACUUUAAAGCCUGCAUGUUCGUUUUGUUUGUCCAUUGCCGUGGGAGCAUAGUAUUUGCAUGUUCGAACCAAUUAUCUGAAUUAUGGUAUGGUUUUGUGCA